CUGGAAAAAAAAAAACCUUGUUUCGCUUUUCCCAUCUCCUCCCCCUCCGGCCCUCCCUGCCCUCAUCUCAAAAACCGAGUGUACGUUUUCGUGUGAAACUUUUGCAAAUUUUCUUGUUUGUCAUCCCUCGUUUGUCACUAGUGAUUGCUGAAGUUCUGGGAUUUGAAGAGAGAUGAUUUUGGGUUGGUGUUGUUAUUGUUGAUACUAAGUGUCGAUGACGAUUGGCACGGGCUCGGAUUCCAACGGUUGGAGCCGAGCCCGGGGUCUGGUUAUCAAGACGCUGGCAGUGAUAGGUGGGGCGCUUCUACUUAAGAGACUAACCAAGUCCACCACCAGAUGGGAUCAUGCCCGAAUUGUUGCCGAAUCCCUCAGCGGUGAGAAGUUUUCGCGGGAGCAAGCUUCUAGAGAUCCCGAUAAUUAUUUCAAUUUGAGAAUGCUUACAUGCCCAGCAGCAGAGAUGGUGGAUGGUUCAAGGGUUCUGUAUUUUGAACAAGCAUUUCAGAGGACUCCGCAGAAGCCCUUCAGGCAGAGAUUUUAUAUGGUGAAGCCUUGUCCAAAAGAGAUGAGAUGUGAUGUAGAGCUAAAUUCAUAUGCCAUUAGAGAUGCAGAGGAGUACAAAAACUUCUGUGAUCGUCCAAAGGAUCAGCGCCCACUGCCUGAAGAAGUUAUUGGGGACAUUGCAGAACAUCUCACAAGUAUUUAUGUCAAGCGUUGUGAACGUGGAAAGCGGUGCUUAUAUGAAGGUUCAACACCACCAGGUGGCUUCCCUAAUUCAUGGAAUGGUGCGACAUACUGCACUUCUGAAGUUGCAGUCUUGAAGAACAAUGAAAUACAUACUUGGGACAGAGGCUAUGAUGAUGAUGGAAAUCAAGUCUGGGGAGUGAAGGGAGGUCCAUAUGAGUUCAAACCUGCACCAGGCUCAUUUGUCCUGCAAAAUUGACAUGUAGAUAAUAUAUGCAGACUGUAAAUUUGAACUAAAACUUGUUAGAUUUCCGAAUUAUGUAUAUAAACCCUCAUCCAAUCUUUUAGCGAUAUCCAAAGAUGUAAUGCUGCAAAAGGCAACUGCAUUAGAAGUUGAGGGUUGCUCAAGCACUUGUAGGAAAACCAUUGUGGGCUGAGAGUCCAGAUGUUCAUAAUAAUAAAGCAAUCGUUACUUUUAGCUUUUA